GCGGUCUGGUGUAAAUGUCUUCAUGUUAACAGCCUGUAGAACUAUAUGCAAAUGAAAAUCCCAAUCUCCAUACCAACAUGUAGCCACCUGAAGGACUCACCGUCUCCAGAAAAAAGCAGGCAGCGGUGCCAUUUCCUGCCCGUGACCGCCUAUGCACAUAUGACGCCCGUAUGUAUGUAGGUGCCCCUAAGCACCCUGCUCCAUGCUGUCUGCCGCUGCGCUACCCUGGGGCACCUAGAAAAAGAAUAGACCCAAACCAAACCCAACCAAAUCCGCGAGUAAAUGGCACAAAAUAUGAGAACGCCCGUCGACGUAAAUCCGCCGCUCCCGUGGACGAAACCCGGAGUCCCAAGAAAACACACAAAACCCAGCCCAGUAGAAAGAUGGAUAGAUGGAUGGAUGGAU